UGGCUAAGAGUCAUGCAAGGGCAAUGCAGGAUUGUGAUCGGCGGCGCCAAGCGAGCCUGAAGGAGAGACAGGAAGCCUUCAGCGAGGCCUUCACGGAAGACAUGGACUUCUACAAGACACACGGCCACACAGAACAGUUGAAGGUGUCUGACAUUCCGAUGCCCAAGGUGAGCAGUUUGAGUGACAUCACGAUAGAUGACGAUCAGAUGGUCAUUAACAGCUUCCUGGCUUCCACAGAAACAACUCCGUCGAAGGAGCGAGCAGCCGAUGACAUAGGUGAUGAUUCUGAGGGAGCAUUCUUCGAAGAUGAUUACACGGCAGAGUAUAACGUACAGGACGAUGAAGACCUUUUGGAGGAUGAUAUCGAUGAGAUGUCACAUGAACCUGUGGAGAGAGAGGAACUUGUGGAAACUGGCAGUGUGAAUACAGACUCUGACGAUGCAAACAUCCCUCCUACAGAGGGGAAGGAGGGAGAAGAGAACAGCGCUGUACCAGACGUCCCUCCAACAGAAAAGAGUCCUAUAGAAGAGAACAAAGAAGAAAGUGGUGCAGAAAAAUCUGAUAAGCCGUCAGAACCUCCCAAUAAUGUCGCUGACCAUGAGCACUCUACAGAGGACGCACAAUGUAGUUGAGAACACUUAAGAUUAACUACACAGUGAACAAGCUAUGUCUUGGACAGUAUCAGUGAUAUACAAACUGCAGAUUGUCUCUCUCAUCAUGUGAUUAAUAUAUAAUUGAAAUCUGUUUAGUUUAAAAUAUCCAUCAUGCCUAUGUUUUAUCUUAGGGAUUGCCUGACAGGCCAGUGCUUGUUAACUGGCUACAUUGUACAUACUGCAAAUACUCAUGGCUCUGUGGUUUCAUGGUGGCCCGACAGAUACAUACAUGUGUUUACAUAGUGUAUACAAAUAUAUAUGCAACAAACAUUGAUACAAGGUGAUGUCUCAGAUCCAAGAACUGUACAUUCAUUGAUCGUGUUCAUCAUCAUGUAAGUAUAUUUACAGUCAGAGGCCCAGAUAAGCUGCCUAUCCGGGUAAAAUAAGCAUAGAAAAUUUCCAAUGAAGCAUUGAAAAAUAAUUC